ACGAAAGAUUGAGUGAAAGGUUGGAUGAAGUGUUAAGCGAAAGGGUGAAUAAAAGAUUGGAAGAAGAAAUAGUGAAUGAAAAAUUGGACGAAAUGGCGGACAAAAUGGCGGACAAAAUGGCGGACGAAAUGGUGCAUGAAAUGAUAGAUGAAGAUUUGAAUCAUAUGAUUGACAAGAGGUUAAGUGAAAGGAUAAAUGAAAGGUUAGACGAAAGAUUGAGUGAAAGGUUGGAUGAAGUGUUAAGCGAAAGGGUGAAUAAAAGAUUGGAUGAGGGGUUGAAUGAAAAAGUGAAUGAAAAUUUGAAUCUGGGGUUAAGCGAAAAGAUAUCUAAUGAAAACGAAUUAAUUGAAUUAUCGGAAAAUGAAAUAUUUAACGGAAGUUUGCUUGAAAAUGAUCUUGAAACUCGUCUAAGUAAAAGGCAUAAGCCUUCCGUUUUGACAGCUUCCACCAUAAGCACCAAUGUUCAGGUAAUUUUGUAA